AUGGCUUUCAAAUUGCUGAAGUAUACCGCCAUCGCGGUACUUAUAGAAGCUGUUCUCGUUUCUGGUGGGUCUUUAACCGACAUCGAGCAUGUCGUCAUCUUCAUGCAGGAGAAUCGCUCGUGGGACACGUACUUUGGCACUAUGCCCGGAGUCCGGGGCUUCAAUGACCCCAACGUCCAGAUUAACUCUGACGGAAACUCGGUAUGGCAUCAACUAGUCGAACCGGCUCAGUCAAACAAGACCAAGACCCUGUUACCCUGGUAUCUUGGAUAUCAAGGCGGCGAUUGGCAUGAUGCAAUUCAGUGCAUGGUUGCGGGUAGCAACGGCUAUGAGGAGAACCAACAGUCUCUAAACAACGGGUUGAACAACCACUGGGUGGCUAAAAACACACCUUGGAGCUGGGGUUACUUGAAGCGGCAAGACAUUCCAGUUCAAUUUGCUAUUGCUGAAGGUUGGACUUCGGGAGACAUGUAUCAGGAAAGUCAAAUCACUGCCACGAAUCCUAACCGGGUUACUUUGGUCAGCGGCUCAAUCAAUGUUCCUGGCAGUCCCCAGGAUAAGGACCAGGGAGGUGUAUACAUUGACAAUAAUGAGGUACCAGGCUGCGAUGAUCACGGCAUCAACUGCUACCCACUCAAAUGGAAGACCAUAUAUGACUUUUAUGAAGAGGCAGGAGUCUCUUGGCAACUCUUCCAAGAUACAAACAACUUCGAUGAUAACCCUCUGGCUUGGUUUGAGCAAUUUCAAACUGCCCCGAAAAAUAGCCCCCUAGCCAAAAAGGGGAUGUCUUUUGUUGGCCUCGAUUCCUUCUAUCAGGCUGCCGCCAACGGCACAUUGCCCGAGGUUAGCUUCAUCGUUGGCCCGUCCGAGUUGUCUGAGCAUCCACCAUAUAUGCCAAAGGAUGGAGCCUGGCUCCAGAAGAAGGUCGUCGAUGCCGUCACCGGUAGCCCGAAGUAUAACUCGACGCUUCUGAUGAUCAGCUUCGAUGAGACUGGCGGCUUUGGUGACCAUGUCACCCCCUUCCAUUCCCCAAAAGACACCCCGGGAGAUUGGAUGCAGGAUCCCCUGGGUAUGUUCUCGGAUAUCUUUGUGGGGCCUGGUUUCCGAGUACCAUUCUAUAUGAUCUCUCCAUGGACCCGAGGAAACCGCGUGUUCACUGAGCGGGCAGAUCAUAACUCUCAAAUUAUCUUCCUUGAGGAAUGGCUGACAGCACGGGGACACAAAAAUAUCACAACCGAUCAGAUGGUUUCAUGGCGACGCAAGCACAUGUCUAACCUAGUCAACGCGCUUGAUUUGGACCAUCCAGACUACUCUCUCCCCAAUCUUCCAGAUGCCGGGACUGUUGAUACCAACGACAAGGGCGAGUAUACCGGUACAUCUAACUGCCAGUCUCGUCACACGCAGACACGUCCUGAUGUUCCAUAUGGAGAACAGAGCAACGCAACGGAUGUCAAUACCCUAUGGUUUGAAGAGGGUUUCAAAGAAGUGGUCGGUUACCUCACCGAGGGCCGAUACCUGGUUUUUGAGAAGAAUGGAGGAGCCGUCACAAAUCCGACCGGAGGAAACCAACUCGUGUCCAGCCCUGCAAGUCCUCAGCACACCAAUAAGUCCCAGCGAUGGGUAAUCCACUACAACAAUGACGAGGAAAGCCAUAUAUUUACCAUCUCCAGUGCAUUGGAUGGUCGGUGGGUCGGUCCCGACGGUGCUUUGCUUCCGAAAAGCCAGAGUGCAAAUGCAGCUCAAGUGCAUUUCGCCUUCUUAGGUAGUGGCCUUGGCUAUACCAUGCAGUUUGUGGAGAAAGGGCGGUACAUUGACAUUGACAAGCACGGACACUUAAAUGCUGAAGGUAGCGAUGCCAAACCCAUCGGAGGCUACAAAGUCUUCAGCGUCUCCUUCCGUGAUUAG